AUGACGACCGCCGACGGUCUAGGUGCCCAAAGGGUCCGCCGGUUAUCCAGCUUGGACGCUGUUCGGGCCGACCUUUAUGGCGGGCCCAAUGUGGUCGUUCCUCCCAAACAUUUGAUGGCCACCAGUGACUCUCACGAAACGGCCAUAGCAAUGGAAAUGGCCAAGCAACACUUAGAAGAUGAGGUUUCAUCUGAUGAGGGGUCACCCCGCGCUGCGUCGCCGGUCCCGCGAGGGCCUUUGACCACCACUGAUGAGUUUGCGCUCGCCUUUGACAUUGACGGCGUUCUGAUCAGGGGAGGGGAACCGAUCCCUGCGGCCAUUGAGGCACUCAAAUAUAUCAAUGGGGCCAAUCCAUAUGGAAUUAAGAUUCCCUAUAUCUUCGUCACUAAUGGCGGAGGCAAGACCGAAGAAGAACGAUGCUUGGAUCUAAGCCGGCAACUUGAACUGGAGGUCUCGCCGGGUCAAUUCAUUUGUGGCCACACUCCCAUGCGGGAGAUGGCGACGCGGUACAAUACCGUUCUUGUCGUUGGUGGUGUAGGCGAGAAAUGCCGCAUUGUCGCCGAAGGCUAUGGUUUUAAGGAUGUCAUCACUCCCGGGGAUAUCAUCAAGACAAGGCACGACACUACUCCAUUCCGGAGCUUGACAGAGGAGGAGUACAAGAACUCUCGCGUCCGAGAUUUCAGUCAGACCAACAUUGAUGCCAUCUUCGUUUUUGCCGACAGUCGAGACUGGGCUGGUGAUCAACAGAUCAUUUUAGAUGUUCUCAUGUCGAAGAAUGGACGUCUCGGCACACGCUCCGAGACCUUCGACGAGGGCCCUCCCGUAUUCUUUUCCCACAAUGAUGUUGUGUGGUCCACCUCUCAUGAACAUUCUCGUAUUGGUAUGGGUGCCCUCAGGGCUUCUCUAGAGGCGCUCUACCAAGCCGUCACUGGAAAGGCCUUGAAUACGAUUGCGUUUGGCAAACCUCAACUGGGAACAUAUGAGUUCGCCACCCGCCUCCUUCGCCAGUGGCGCAAGGACACCCACAGCAUCAACAGUCCUCCAAACACCGUCUACUUCGUCGGUGACACCCCGGAGUCAGAUAUCCGUGGUACCAACGAGUUCGACAAGAUCAGUGACUCCCACUGGUACUCAAUUCUUGUUAAGACAGGUGUCUACCAGGAGGGUACUAUUCCCCGCUACCCGCCCAAGAAGAUCACCGACAAUGUGUUGGAAGCUGUCAAGUUUGCUAUGGAGCGUGAACUCAGCAAGCAGGCCAAUGAGUCCGCCAUCGCAGAUGAUGUCGACUCCGGCAUCGACUCGGAGUCUGCUAACAACCAUUGA